AUGUUAAAAGUGAAUGGAAACUACACGCGUGUGUCAGAGUUUGUGAUCGUGGGCUUCCCGGGGCUCCAUCCAUCCUUCAACCAGCUGGUGGCCUGGUUCUUCUUCUUCAUAUAUGUGAUCACGGUGGUGGGGAACAUCCUGCUGGUGGUGCUGUUUGCCCUGGAGCGCAGCCUGCAGAAACCCAUGUACAUCAUCAUGGUCAGCCUGGCACUGUCAGAUAUAGGCUUCUGCACGGUGGCCCUUCCCAAAGUGAUAGCUCGGUACUGGUGGGACGACGCUGGCAUCUCUUUCUAUACGUGUCUGAUACAGAAACAAUUCAUCCACUACUUUGGAACACUCACCUCUCUCAUCAUGAUGACCAUGGCUAUGGACAAAUACCUGGCUAUCUGCUUCCCUCUCAGGUACACUGAGCUGAUGACCAACAGGACCAUGUCUCUCCUAACAGCCCUGUCCUGGGUGUCAGCCAUGAUAUCUCCAGCCAUCACCACCAUCCAGUCAUCCCAGAUGCCUUUCUGUGGGCCCAACCGCAUCAUCCACUGCUACUGCGACACCAUAUCUCUCAACCAGCUGUCGUGUGCUGACAUCUCGUCCCAGAGCAGAUUAUCCUUCUCACUAGCCAUGUUCGUCCUCCUCCUCCCCUUCAGCUUCAUCAUCUUCUCCUAUGUCAACAUCAUCGUCACCGUGAUGCGCAUGGCUAACACACAGGGCAGGCUGAAGACCUUCUCUACCUGUGUUACUCAGGGCUGUAUCAUCUUUAUUUACUACGUCCCCCGCUUCGUAGUGUACACUAUACCCUACAUCCCCAACCUGACCAUGACCCCUGACCUGCGCAUCGGCCUCACCAUUCUUUACAGUCUGCUGCCGCCCGUCCUCAACCCCUUCAUCUACUGCCUCCGUACCAAGGAGAUCAAGGCUUCCCUGGCCAAGUGGGCCAACAGAGGGCAGGCCAACGCACAUCACAAACCCUCCAUCCACCCCAUAGCCUGCUGA